UGGAGAACUAUUUUUGUAUCCUAUUUACAUUAUUUUAACAAUCAAAUUUUAGCGCCUCGAAGCAGAUGGCGUUAGUGGCAGAACAGGGGGACAAACUUAAAAUUAUUCUCAUCGUGCAGUGCACAGUACGUAAUUUUAAUUAUAGUUAGAUAAAUUUAUUAUUAAUAAAUAUUAGAAACAAUGUUAAGAAUAAUUGUUCCUAUUAAAAGAAGUGAUUUGAUUUUUCCAUUGUGGAAAAAUAAUAUACGAUCGUUUGUUAAUAUGAGAAAAAUAAGACGUGUAUUCAGACGGUUUGUUUAUCAGUCGGAAAGUAAACCUCCUUAUUUUCAUGUUACUCAAAUUGGCGACCCAAUUUUACGCGCGCCAACUUUGCCGAUAAAUCCUGAAGUUAUCAACAUGUUUCAAUUUAAAAUGGCAAUAGAACAAAUGAAAAAAGUUAUGGAAAUUUAUAAUACUGUUGGAUUAUCCGCCUGUCAAAUUGGUUUACCAUGGAAAAUUUUUAUGAUACAUGUUACAGAAAAAUAUUUAAAAGAAAUUGGGGAUGAUAUAAGGAAAAUUCGUGAAAUGGAAGUUGUACCAUUACAAGUAUUUAUUAAUCCUACAAUUCGUAUUAUUGAUCAUAAUUUAGUUUCCUUUCCCGAACUAUGUGCUAGUGUUCGAGGUUACACUGCAGAAGUACCCAGAGCAAGAGAAGUUGAAAUUACGGCUCUUAAUGAGUUGAAAGAAGAAUUUACUGUAAGGUUCAAAGGUUGGGCAGCGAGAAUUGUUCAACAUGAAAUGGACCAUUUAGAUGGAAUAAUAUACACGGAUAAAAUGAAUAAAAAAACGUUUUCUUGCUGUUACUGGAACGAAGUUAACAAGCAUAAAGGACUCAUAGAGAUACGAUUCGAUUCGUAAAAUUCUAAUGAAAGUUUAGAGAAAAUCAAUAUGGGAAUAUGUAUGAUACAAUUAAUAGCAGAAUACACAACAUUUUAUUUAUAUGUAUAUACAUACAUAUGUAUGUAUAAUAUAACAAUGCGUAUACAUUUAUAUUCUGCAUUGUUUUAUCAUUGGACACAUUUAUGGUAUCAAUGUAAUUUUUGACAUCGUUUGUUAUUUUUUAUUUUUUAAUAAAUGUGUCUUCUAGAAUCACAGAUCCUAGGAGAGAGAGAAAGAGAGAAAGAGAGAAGUGAUUAUUAAAUCUAAUAAUUUAUUUUAAUGUCACGUCAAAUUUCAUAUAUCUUAUUUUGUUAUUCUUGUUGUUGUUGUAAUCAUCUUCUCAGGAGAUCUCCUAUUUCGUUACAACACCAGAAAUGCAUACAAUGUGCACAAUGUAUAUAAUCUUACAUAUAAAUAGUAUUUGUUUAAAGGUAUCGCGUGCAGUUACUAUAUUUAUUAUAUGAAAUUAAUUAAUGAUGUACUCUUAUAUUUCUUUUCAUCUCUUCCUUCUUUAUAUUUUUUAUUCUUUAAUUAUACAAUGGAAAAUUGUAAAAAUUAAUAAGAGUUAGAAAGAUCAGAUUUUGAAAAUUCUUCUUAUCAUGCCCCAUUUUCUUUCUUUAUCG